UGUGGUGUGUCAUGAGAUGCGUGGACAGAUAACUCUUUCUCACAUCCGUUGCUGUCUGAUUGUGUAUUCAUCUUCGCCACAUGUAAACUUCGUUUAAAUGAUAUAUUGGAUAUUUUUUUACAUAUGUUAUUUUAUUUGGUUAUGAGACCGCAACGCCAACAAGUGGCCGACGCAGAAAGCGAAAUAUGUUCGAUCCGGCGACGCGAGCUGACGUCACUCUGAGAUCUGUCUACGGUACGUUUCACCGUGAACGUCGCAGUGCUAUCAAAAUUCAAACUAAGUGUGUAGAAUACCAGCACAAUCCGUGCUGUGAUGGAUUGGAAAUACUACAGAUUGAAACGGUGACUCCUAGUCUCAGCGGUGCAGCCCUCAAUCCCAACGCUGACGUGUUCGAAAGCAAACAGUCUGAAGGCAGCAUCGAUGUGUCCUCAAGUUGGGACAUCCCUGACACAGAGUUUACCUCUUUGGACGGUUACGUGUACAUGAAUGGGGACAUUGGGAAGCUCCCUUCAGGGGCGGUGUACCCAGCCACCCCUGAUCCCCUGGCCACCGCUGCUUCCACAAGCACUGAUUACAGCACACUGAAUGGCAUAACAGACUCGCUGGAGACGUACGCCCAAACCAGCACUCCGCCAGGGGGAUCGCCCACUGACCCGAAUCCUUCUGGACCGGGUGGUGGCAUCCCCCUGGACCAGCUAAAGCAGAUGCUCUCCUCUCAACUUGAGUAUUACUUCUCAAGAGAGAACCUGGCUAAUGAUACCUACUUGCUGUCUCAAAUGGAUAAUGACCAAUACGUUCCCAUCUGGACUGUUGCAAAUUUUAAUCAAGUGAAGAAACUAACAAAAGAUAUAAAAUUAAUUACUGAAGUAUUAAGGGAAUCGCCAAAUGUGCAAGUGGAUGAGGAAGGUCAGAAGGUGCGACCAAAUCAUAAGCGGUGCAUAGUUAUUUUACGUGAAAUACCGGACAAUACACCUUUAGAAGAAGUUAAAGCUUUAUUUGCUGGAGAAGGUUGUCCCAGAUUAAUAUCAUGUGAAUUUGCACACAAUAAUUCUUGGUACGUUACAUUUGAGUCCGAUGAAGAUGCUCAGAGAGCAUACAGGUUCCUAAGGGAAGAAGUUAGGGAGUUUCAGGGUAAGCCUAUAAUGGCACGUAUCAAAGCAAAACCAAUGAAUAGGUUGCCCCUGCCACCUGUUCCUGCUAUGGGAGCAGCAAUGAAGAAUGGUUACCGCACACCUCCUGCAGCGCUGUAUGACCCCAAUGCUUACCAGGGCAGCCAGCAGAGGUUUCUGUACACUAAUGGUAGCUCAAUACCUCCUAGUGUUAAUUAUGGAAAUCAGGUUCAUGUAUAUACUUUCCAGCAGCACCAACCGUUUUAUACUCCAAGUAUGCUCCCACAUUGGAGUCCAAGUCCGUACUAUGAUAUUAGCACCGUAUUUUCUGUGAAUGGUCUUGCACCACAGGGAUCCUUCAGUAAACCGCAAAGUUCGAGAUAUCUCCCUCGCAGAAACAAACGAAACCAGCCUGGUGGUGACCGUGGAAGUAUAGGAGAUAGCAGUGCCAGCCUGGUGAGACAGUCCACCUCUUUACAUUCAUAUCAUCUUGGAGGAACGGGGCAUGUGAGUGGUGCAGUGGGUGGCACUAACAUGGCAGUUGCGAAGAGUGUGAGCAGUAGUAGUGUUGUAUGUAAAGUACCGCCGCCACAGCAGCAGCAACCGCAGCAGGCACCAAUUGCUGGAGUAACUGCAGAGAGUCAUCACAAUCAUUCCAAGAGCCAUCAUCCCUCAGUACUGCAGGACAGCAGUGACCCAAGUAGCACCGCACCUAGUCAGAGUACUCCUGGUGGCCCUUCUCAGCGCUCAGAUAGCGAUGACAAUUCCUACCGACAGUCAAGAGAAGCCUUGACUAACAAGGAGCCUAUGCCUCCAAGACAUCGGCGAAGGAGAAAGGAAGAUGAGGCGAUUGGUCCUGGAAGAGCAUCAUCCAUGAUGGGGAGUGGGAAAGCUACCUCAGGAGGUAGUCCCCAGCCCCUAAACAGGGACAGCACUGGAACAAAUUCCUCAAAGGGAAUACAGUUUGACCUUGAAGCCACUGCCUUUCCCCCAUUGCCAGGGUUGGAAGGAGGAGUUGGUGUGAGUGCCAAGAGCAAUCCUCCAGUUGAGACUGUGCAGGUGGACAGUUCAAGUUCUCAUUGGGAAAAUAGGUUGUCAGAUGUUGUAAAAGGCACUGCCAAACCGAAGAGCACAAACUCAAAAGAUAAGGACAGUGGUGCAGCAGUCUGCACCUCUCCACGUGCAACAUCACCAGCAUCUCCUAUUCCCAAGGCAGCAUCUGUUCCUGAGAUGAAGGCGCAACAGUCCCCACCACUGGCUCAGCAGACUAGUCAUGUUCCACUCCCUGUCCACGCUCAAUCCCCUGCGCCUUCAUGUGACAGAGAAGUGAAAGAUGUGGGGACGAGCAGUGAACCGGGCCUUCAUAUAGUUUCACAAACUCCACCCUUGUCCCCUGAUAAGACAGUUCCUGUUGUCAAAUGUAUGGCUGACAAAUCCACUAAGACUGAUGAUAUACUGCUAAAUGGUGAAGCAGUUGGUGUGAGUGGGACCGUGAGUUGCAAGCCCGUAGAAUCUGUGAUGAACAAACAGCAGCCACAGCAGAAACAAGGUGCAGCAAAUGCAGUUUCGACACCUAGCAAACCAGUGCCCACCACAACCAAUGCUUCCACGAUGACUAGUGCUGUGGUGGUGACAAAUGUUGCGCCAGCACCUACUCGUACAGUGGUGGUGACUACAGCCAGCACUGGUGCUGCCACUGUGGCUAGCCUUACUACUACAACUGCAGCUACAUCCCAGGCUGAUGUGUGUUCUGCAACAGAUUCAGUAGGGGGGCCAACACGCCUGAGUUAUGCACAGGUUGCACAGCACCACAAGGAGAAGGUUGAACGUAUGUUACGUGAGAAACAGAGUACAGAACAGGAGAAGGAGAAAGAUAAGGACCGGAAGAAGGAAGGAAGCACAACGCGUAUAGUGCAGCAGCAUGGUGAUGUACGAGAGCCACCACAGCGAGAAUUCCGAGAGGGUCCAGUGCGAUACAACAUGGGACGGGGUGGUCCCCGUCCAGCGUAUGAUCGUGAACGCACAGACAGGGGUGGAUUGAGGCGAAGAGAUGGUCCAGACAGAGUGCCUCGGUUCCGCGAGUACCUUCGUCCACGCUCGCCCAAGUAACAUAACCAAAACCGUGUUGUAUUGAUCUUUGUAACAUUUGUCCAUUGCCCAACUAAGGUUGGUGCACUUUGCAGAGCUGGGCUGAGUGUGCUACACUUGAUGUUGACAGCAGCUGAUUUUGUUGGAGCUCUUGCCCAUGUAUCCGCAGGGUUCACCCCACUACGGUUGCUACUCAGCAGCUGCUGGAACAUGACUUUGGCUGGAUCUUGACGUUUUCUUCAGACCAACGAACUGGAUACCCAGCAAUUCAAGGCGGGCCACAUUAAGUAAGGAAGAUGUCCCCCACCCCCAAAAAAAAUGGAUCGCCUGAUUCAACUCAUUUCUUCUGUUUUCAGCGCAAUCAGAUAUUGUUAAUGUGAUGAUGAAAGUUGUCAAGCUAAAUUGGCAGGGAAAGAGAUAUCCAGUGUGCAGACAUUUUUUCCAUUUUGUGUCGCUUUUGAAUUUGAGAGCGAUUGAAGCUGCAGUUCUGUAGUGAGUAGGUGUUAGACGACAACGUUGCACAGUAGGUCUAACCUAGUGAGACACUGACUCCCGAUAAAGCCCAAAGCUGGCACCAAGUGCCUCAGAACUGAUUAACAGUGCUCUUCUAUGUUGCAGCUGUGAACACUGAAGAAUGCAAGACAGACUUUUAUAUAACAUACAGCCAUACCUAGAGUACAUACUAUCUAAAUAUACAUCUAUAUAACAGAUGGCAUGAAGACAAUUCUCUGAUGGUUGUCACCUGAAUUAUGUAUCACAAAUAUUUGAAUUGCAGAUUAAGAUUGUUUUAUUUUAUCCAUAUAAUCUUGGCCAUAUCUGAAGUAACCGCUGGUGAAUUAUUAGUAGAGUUUGCAUUGUUAACUGUGUAUCUCUUGAUUGCAAUGGGAGUUUUCAGUUUAUGAAUAAUUUUACAGAAGUUAUUGUUAAUAUAGGAGUGUGAUCAGUGUGUGGAGGCAUUGACCUCCAUUUGAAAGCUAUUUAGGUGGAGGGGUUAGGAGGGAAGGGUGGAGGAAAUCAUACACAUCUGUGAAAAUUGGUUGUGUGUGUGUGUGUGUGCAUGCGCACACGUGUGUAUACUUGUGCAGUAACUGUGAUAGCCCUUAUUCUGAAUUCAAAAAAAAAAAGUUGGUGUAUUAUAUCAGGGAUAGUGUGCAUAUGUGACGUUCAUAAGUACUCGUAUAAUUAUAAUGAUGUAUAGGCUUGUUGGAAAGUUUUCAAGAUUAUUAGCCUACAUAUUCUUUUGUCCCUUCCUUUACUGUUGCCAAGUAAUAGUACCUAAAUAAUAUAGUAAUGUCAAUAUUUUAAACUAACCUUUGACAUGGACCUUUAUCAUAGCCAAUAGCUCCCUCUGUUAAUUAUUUCUCUUUGUAAUGUUGUUUCUUUCUGGUGUAAUCUCCUAAUUGCAGUGCCACUUUGCUUGUGAGACUGUCAUUAAAACCUGGUAUGAAUGUCUUGAAAGAUUUGGGUUGGGUAUAGAGGGUUCAGUUCUUCGUCGAUGGCCUGCAGUGAGGAGUAAAUGGUACAGCUGCUGCUCCUUUCGGAAAGACUGAUAUGACAACGUUAGGGUUGAAACUUUAUGGACCCUUCCAGGUGUAAGGAGCAGAAGUUUCAAAAAGGAAAUAACAAGGUCUGGUGCUUAAAGAGAGUUCAGAUACAGGGGGAUAACAGGAGGUUACAAGUUAACUGUUAUAGUGUGCUUGGCUGUAUGAAAGUGAUCUUAUAAUGCGUGUGUGUUUUGGCAAAAUCCUCCCCUUCAUUGUACAGAAUUAACAAAUUUAUUUUUGACAAAUAUGUAUAGAUUACAGGUUAGGUAGCUACCUGAGCAUAUAAUGUAUUGCCCUUUACCUUCAGGAAUUAAGGAGUGAGUAUGAAAUUGUGGUACAAAAUGAAAGAAGAAGAAUGGUUCUGAAUUGCCAUGUUUGGUGUUGGAUAUGGGCAACAGGCAUAUGCACGUACAGUUGGUAGUGAUUUGUAUCUGUAAUGUUGAGCCACAUGUUGUCAUUCCAACUCAAGUCACAUUGCAAGCCCAUAUCAUGUUCAGCAUGCACUUGUAAACUAGUUGGGUUCUGAUUCUGUUAACAAAAGCAUAAAUGUGUGCAGGCUACUUCAAUUUCUUGUGUGGUUUUGUGAUAUAUUGGAAGUUACCUGAAAUUUUUGGUUUCCAUUAUGAAGUGACAACACAUGGGGCUCCAUUUGUUUCUGAAGGUUUUUCCAGUUUCUCUUAGUUUCAGGCCAGGCUUCUGAUAGAGUUAGUAACGUACCUCUAGACACAGUAUUGACUUUGAUGAGCUGCCUUUGCCUUGUGUGGCAUAUCAUCCACCAUAGUCAUAAGAUAUACUGACAAAGUAACCAUGCAUGUUCUGGUACAGUUGGGUUAUAAAGUAGCAACCUUAACUAUAUUUUCUGCAUUUGCCAGCUUUUAGAUGAUUUCUGAUUUUGAGAUAUUUGUGUAUUGCCAGUAUCAGUUGCUUGCCUCAUUAUGAAUAAUGGAUAUUGCCAAAUAUUAUUUACUAUAAUUUUGGUUCUGGUUAUACACUAACAUUUUAAAAACUAGCAAUAAUAUGGUAUGUGGAAUAUCAAUAUUUGACUCAAGAAAAUGGGUCUGUUUUAGUCAAGUAUUGUGGAAAUGCACUGAAUAGAGACUUUUCAGACAACUUUCAAUAUAGCACAAUUUUUUUAAGUGUGAUACUUAAACUUUAUUACUUGAUGCUCGUAUUGUAGAUAAUUAGGGUUGCUUAUGAGUUUGUUGCAGGGGCUCUUUGCGAGGGCUAGAAGGGGAAUGUUACAUAGAUUUCACUGGCUGCUUUCGGUUUUCCCUGGUUUUCUUGCUGUGGACACUUUCAUCCUGUCACACAGCUUCAACAGAGGCCUUCUUUAAGUUUUGAGUUUUGUUACAUGGUCCAUUACUCAUCAAUUUGUGUAGUGUGGCUGAAUGUCCGUUAGGUAGUUCAGUACAGCCACUUUCAGACAAUUGCUUGCACUCUUGAGCAUAGGGUGCUCUCAAGCUGCUGGCAACAUGUGACAGAAGAUGCAGUACUGCCUUGCAUGGGAAGUACAUUAACUAGUUAUGUGGAUUGUGGUCAGUUCAUUGAAUGAAAUCUUUGAAAUUGGUUUUAGUUAAAAUGAAAUGUGCUUCCAUUAGAGUAAUAGCUUCCAACAUUUACUACAGCUCUGAAAAUAUAAACCAUCUUCUUUGGGGUGUGAAUAAAGUAAAUUAGUCAUCAUAGUGAAUUUUGUGACACACUUUGUUACCCAUACCCAGUCAAGUUGCCACAUUUGGGUACGUAACGUAAGCAACCAUCUUGUGCUCCACAGUUGUAUGCCAUUGGAUUAUGUGAACAUUAUAGCUAAAAAGGUCUUAAAACUUGUAUCCUAUAGCCAGUGUGAUGUUUAUUAUUCAUUUGAGCCAAAUACUGACUGUGUAAAAACCUUUGCUGCAAAAUUCAUGUGUUUUGGUUUUUACGUGCAAGUGACAGUAUAUGGAAUUAUAUGUAAAAAUGUAUAACAGAAAUACUGGAACUGUGACUUGAUUGUGUGUCUGUUUCCCUCAUAAGGGGGUGAAAUGAGCAAACAGUCCGCAUUCCCUGCUAUGGCCACAGUCACGCAGAGAAUGCACACUGACAGGCACACCACAUGGAUUAUUUAUAAUAUUUAAUAUUAUUUUUACAUAAUAACCUGAGGUAUAUGCAGCACGAAAGACAUGUUUUUGUUCAGUAAACUGGUAAAAUGCUUCAGGAAAAAUCUCCCCUUAUAUAAUUUUUGUCAGGUGCUGAUAAAGGUGCCCAUCAGUACAUAAUGUAAUGCCAAUGUUGUACAGAGGAGGUAGGCCUUAAUUGAAAACACUACGUGGAAAAUGGAAAUGUUUUUGGUUGUUCUUUUUUUUUCUGUUCAGUUUGGUUGGAAAUAAAAAAAACUUUGCAUGUGGUUUCCAUA